UCAGAGUUCUCCGCGGAUCUCCUCCCCAAGCUACCGACCGCCCACGACUCGAGCUCAACCGACACUCUUCUCGCCGACUUGAACCAUCACAUCACCACAGUCAAUGCCAUAUCACAGAAGCCCGGGACCGUAUCGCCCGAGACCGCAGAAGACUUGAAGGAGGCUGGUCGGGCACUAUGGAACGAGUGUAUCAAGGAGAAGAGGAAACAGAACGAUGUGCUAGCAUCGCCAUUGAAGUCAAGGUUACUAGUCAGAACACGGCUGUUUUCGUUCCUCGUCAAUGUUUUCGCCCGAGAGAGCCUCCGAGGGAGGAGGGGGAAUGGGGAAGACGACGCUGUUGCAAUCAUCAACCAGGGUCUGAUGCUGGCAAAGGUUUGCAUCACCGAGUCGGAUUUAGAUGCUGCUCGAUUGGGGUUGGCCAAGGUCACCACGUACAUCGACAAGCUCAGGCAGUUGGAUGCAGAGAAUCACAUCGGUCCCGGGCACAGAUUGAAUAUCGAGGCGGAAUACCUGACCAUGCGCUGCGCUCUGUCGUCGAAAGAGGACCGCCUGGACGUUGCUGAACAUAUGUACACCAAAGCCGAUAAUCUCCUUUGCUGUCUCGAUCCGUUCUCUGCUGAGCACCUGGCUGACACACUUCAAGACAUCGGGACUAACUUGUCGGGUAAGGGUGACCAUGAGAUGGCGCUCAAGUGGUUGCGGCGAGCACAUGCCCUGAUCAACGGCCAAGAGUUGGAGAGACUCUCGACAGAGGGGCUGGAGAUUCGGAUGGUCAUUCAUCACGACCUUAUCCAGACAUUAUUAGCGACACGUUCGCCCGAAAGAGUGCAAGAAGCCGACGACUUAGUAUCGUACGUGGAAUCGGAAAUCGGAGACAAACCAGUUGUUCUACACUGGAAACUGGAGAUCCUUCAAAGAGGCCCCAGCGAGAUCUUUGAUGUUGAUGCAUGCGCAAGCAUACUGCGACGGAUGGUUCGCUCCAUGGACUUGUCAGAUGCCACAUUGGGGUUCCUACUACACAACAUCAACGAGCUCCGGGAGAGGGGUUCUCGAUUGGCGAUCGGCCUACUCGAUGAGCUAUUACUGACUAGGUUGCUACCAUGCGGGAAUAUGGAAUGGAUAGGAAAGACGCUCGUGCGACGGAUAUGGAUGGGAACGAUGGAAAACGAGGCUUCUGACGCCGCAACGAGGCUAAUUCAACUUUUGGAACAACUCGCUGAAGACUCUAGGCCAUGCAAUAUAGAUAAUGACCAGCUCACAAGAUACCUGAUGUUCAAGGUCUCCUUGAUCAGUUGGGAUCACGACCUGGGCCGCCAGUGUGUCGAGUUUUUGAGCAAAUCUUCCGAAAAGGACAGAAGUCGAGAUAUUCUGUAUGCUUGUGUAAGAGAGGCACAGCAGUUGGGGGACAAACUUUGUACACUGGAGGCCCUGAAAGCAGUAACGGAGACAUUUACCGCGGACUCUUCGACAGUGGCAGCGGCUCACUUGCCGUCUGUCCUAAGAUGUGCCAUCAGGAUGAUUCACUACAUCGAGACCCAAGAUAAUCAGGGGGCGGACCAAGUCUCCGUCCUAAUUCAAGAUACCUGCGACGUCUUUGAGAAAGGCAACUACCUAUCAAUACUAACGCAUAUAGCGGCCGAACACGCCAAAUCAGACCCGAGGUGUGAAAACGGCAACAAGAUCUUCACAGUUGCCGAGUUAGAAUGGUUUCGAAAGAACGCCUACAAUGUCGGGCUCAUGGCCAUGCGGUGUCACUUUGUCAUGGCUGCAGCAAUUGUAUCCAACGCGCGAACAGAAGACAAGGUGGACGAGGCACUCCAACGGUAUUUGGAGGUGAGACAGCAUGUUGCAAUAUUUGAUGGACUAUUCGAGAAUCAUUUUCAGAGCAUUCUCGCAGCCCGGAAUGCUCGGGUUUACACCGACUUGACGGCCAAGAUGUCGACACUGUUUGUCUUUGAUUUUGAAGGUGCCAUCUGUCUGAAGAACUGGGACGAUCUGGGUCAGAUUAUCCGAAAAGUGAGAGUGUGCAAGGACGAAAAGAUGUACAAGGCAAUGGGAGAUUGUCUGCUGAGGAGCAAUGCUUCAGGCCAAGUCGUCUACACAAAUCUACGCCUCAUUAUCAACGAAAUCUUUGCUUUGGAGCAGUUCGAUAACCAACGGCUGGCAAAAUACCUCCGAUGCAUGUUUCACGCUGUUCUACCCCUGGAUGACAGCCUUUCCCUGCAAGUCGUCGAGCAGGCUCUCCAGAUCGCACGCGAGUGCAGUCAGAUGCAGAAGCCUUUUCCCACGGAUGAACUCGACUGGAUUGUUGUCACGACGUUCAACCACGCGCUUGACAUCCACGCGAGGGGCGAUGAGGAAAUGUGCCAGCAGUGGGCGCACAAGGCUCUUGCUCUGGCCGAGUAUAUGAGUGACCGCGGUGAUCUAAAAGAUGUACUACGCGAGAGGGUUGCCAAGUUGUGUUUGGGCAAGGGGACGUCGACAUCUACGUCCAGUUGA